AUGCCUUCUGAGUUACUGUCUGUUUUCGGCAACGAAGCGCCACAUCAGUCGACAAUUUCCCGUUUAUAUGGAGAAUUCAAACGUGGAGGGGUGAAUCUUAGCGACGAUUCCAACGUCGAUGCUGUGCGCAGACUCAUCAUUGAAGAUAGACAUGUGACAUAUCGCGAGAUUGAGGCGUCCUUGAAGAUCUCAAAGACCUCAAUUCAAAAAAUCGUACAUGAAGAAUUAGGAGUAAGAAUAUUAGUUUCUCGUUGGAUACCCCACCUGUUGACUGAAGAGCAGAAAGCAGCCAGGUCGGCUGUUUGGGUGUUCCAAGCGGCUCAUAUUGCAGCAAUUCCUCUUAAUGAGCAAAGAAUUGUUACUGCGGAUUGGUAUACCACCAUUUCUUCGAAAAAAAUCAACCCCGGAAGAAGAAUCAUCCGCCACCAAGACAGUGCUAGCUCGCACACAGCCCAAAAAACAAGGCAGUAUUUAACGGAAGACAACGUGGAAUUAUUGGAGCAUCCUCCAUAUAAUCCCGAUCUAAGUCCUAACGAUUUCUUUACUUUCCGGAAAAUUGAAAACAGACUGCGUGGUCAAAGGUUCCAGUCACCAAAAGAAGCAGUUGGCGCAUUCAAAAAUGCCGUUUGGGAUCUGCCAGCAAACGAGUGGAAUAAGUGCUUCGAAAAUUGGUUCGAGCGCCUGCAGAUGUGUGUAAAUCUUCGUGGAGAAUACUUCGAAAAACAAUAA